CAUUUUUUUUUAUUUUUAUUUAUUCUAAAUAGAUAAUCAUUUUGUGUCCCAUUUUGUCAGAUAAUCAUAAAUAAUAAAUCUCUUUUUAUCGUGAGCGUCAUUGACAUUUGAAAUAUGAAUAAAAAAAUAUAUUUGUAUUUGUAAAUAUUCGAUGAACAAAAUAGAUACAGGUGAUUUUAUUUAAAAACGAAAAACAAAAAAAAAGGUGAUCUGUAAUUAAAAGCACAAAAGAAAUACAAUUUGGAGGCUUCACAUCCAAAUAUGUAUGAAUAUAAUCCAGAAAAUCAAAUAAGUCCAGAGAUACAUCAAUGGUUUGCCUUAGUUGACAAAGACAGAAGCGGUAGAAUUACAGCAACUGAAUUACAAGCUGCAUUAGCAAAUGGAAAAGGUGGAACUUUUUCCGAAUCAGUUUGUAAACUGAUGAUCAAUAUGUUUGGUAAAAAAAAAGAUGGUACUAUAGAUAUAGUAGAAUUUCAAGAGGUGUAUAAAUAUAUAAAUCAUUGGAUUAACUUCUUACGUGAUGUCGAUCUUGACAAUUCUGGAACUAUACAGGAAAACGAAUUAAAUGUAAUAUUAACUAAAAUGGGUUUUACAGUUAGCCCUACAUUUGCAGCAUUUCUUAUAAAGAAAUGUGAUCCUGGUAAUUGUCAAAGUAUGAGUGUCGAUCAAUUUAUCAUGUUUUGUAUCCAAUUAGACAAAUUUACAGGAGCAUUCAGAAUUAGAGAUACGGAUAAAAAAGGAGUCAUUACUGUUGGAUUUGAAGAUUUCUUGACAAUAGCUGUCGAUUGUAGCUUAUACUAAAUAUAUCAUUAAUUAUAAUUGAUAUAAAUCGUCGAUUGGCUAUUAUAUGCAAAAAGUAAUGCUUCACGCUGACUAUGUUUAUAAUUAAAUUAAAACUGUUAUUAAAGUAUUAAAAAUUUAGGAAAAUUGAUAAUAUAAAAAUUAAGCAAAUACUAUCUAUUCAAUAAGAAAUAUUAUAAUAACGAUUUUAAAUUUAAACGAGUUUUAUAUUUUAAUAAUAAGUUUAAUAAGUUGUAUCCAUGUGCAAACAGGAAUAUACUUGUCACUGGUCAACAAUACACAUAGUAUUCCUUUUUAAUAAUAUAUGCUUGUUAUAUUAUAUUAACCUCUAUGUUAAAGAGAAAUGUAAUACAGACAAAUGUAAUAAAAAAUAUCUGCAACACAUUAA